GUUGCAUUGCCCCUAGUGAGCAUUAUGUCGACAGCAUUACUCGAACAAGCUUGCUGGAACCGACAAUUUGAGCCAUGACGAUUCACCCGCAGAACCUGCAUAGGCAAAUGCCGCAGAGAAGAUAAGAUUGAAUUCAUCGUCGUAGAAACCCAAUCGACGUCAGGAUAGGAAAGCAGUACUUUACCUAUGCUACUCCUGAUUUUGCAGCUUCUGUAUAUCCUAGGUUCUCUUAAAUCUUUCGGACAUGCACAGGCUGCUCCGCUAUUGCAGCUUCGCCGUGGCUUGGUUGAGGUAUCGUCAACCGCCUUUGAGAACGAUGUCUUCGUGAACAGGACCUGCAUAGCGGGUUCCCUAUACCCGUUGUUUUCUGGUUGCAGUAAUGUGGACUCAAGCGGGAAUUCAGUGGACUAUUCGCAACUUCGUGUCACAACAUCGGCCAUGCUCCAAGCAUGCGUACAAUUUGGAGGCGACCCAAGCAUACGGCGACUGCGGGUGUUGGCGGGUACAGCGCGGCUCUAUCCGGAGCUUCAGAGGCUCGGUUCGGCGUUCACUUCUGCUAGUGGAAUCCCUUUGUACUUUAACUUCAGCGCCCGUGUGGGGGCCAACGGCGCCGUCAUGCGCGCCGCAAUCGCCCGGCCGGCCCCUGUGGUCGACACUGCGGACGCCAGCGGUGGCAUGGAUGCCAUCAUCACCUCCCCCUCCUUCAUGCACUACAUGGAUAAGGCUGGCAAGUUGCUGGAUUUAAGUCCGCUGGUCACCGACGAUUUGCAGCUGCAGUGGUUCCUAAUCAAUAAAGGCCUCCGGGAGCAGAUGGUCGUGUACGGCAAUAAGGUAGUCGGCAUACCAGUGACCACCGCGCCGGGGUUCCUCUUCUAUCACGCGCCUACCUUCGCCCGUGACGGCCUGGAGGUACCUGUGACGUGGGACCAAGUGCUGGCGCUUGCGGAGGCAUACAACGGGAAAGACAUCAACGGAGACGGGGUGCCAGACUAUGGCAUCUGCCUGACACCUCCCAACUGUUUCGUGGACGGAACCAUCCUGCUGUGGGUCUUCGCCAGCUACGUGCAGACCCAUGGGUCAUCCCAGGGCUCCUUGCUAGACCCGCUUACUGGGGCCCAGCUGGCCAACAGCAGCGCCAUGGCAGCCGCUCUGGAGGUGAUGCGCAGGAUGCGCAAGGCGGGGCCGCUGACGGGUGACUGCUCAGUGUUUGAAGACCCGUUAUUCCUGGAAGGCCGCUGCCUGCUGUCGCUCACCUCCCCCAUCACCUUCAAGACUGCUUAUGCUCCGGACGCGCCCGCCGUGUAUGCAAGCAUGCGGGGAGCCAUGGGCAUUGCGGCAUUCCCAGGCUCCACAAAAGUGCUUAAUCGGACUGACGGCAAGCUCGUUAACUGCAGUCAAGACACGUGCCCGAUGGCGACCGCUUGGACCCGUGACGAGACCGGCGUCCUGCGUCCCGUCAACCAGCCCGCCCCGUCCACCAAUGUCAUUGUUAUGAUCAAUGCGCAAUCACCCGUUCAGUACCAGUACUAUGCGUACAGCCUCUUCAGCUACCUGACGAGUGCAAAGGUGCUGGGCACGGACGGUGCUGCGCUGCUGCUGAAUCCCAAGCUUGAGACCGCCCCUUUACGGUCCAGCGACCUAACUGCGGAAUCCGCAUCCCGCUGGGUGUCCGCCGGGUACCACCCAAGAGACGUAACCGCCUUCUUUACCGCGUACCGCGCAGCCAUGAGCAACCCAAACCAGGUGGUGGAACCCAAGUUCCCGGGUAACAUCAACAUAAGCACCGCCUGCACCCUGGCGUUGCUGCUCUACACCAACGCGACCACCGGCUACCGCACCCCUCCAGUCUCUAUCCCAAUGUCCAUGAUUAGCAACACCUUAGCAGCCGUCAUAGCCGAAGAAGGCGGACCUGUCGCAUUUCUGGAGGAGUAUCGAAAGGACCUGAGCUGGGUGCCGCCGCCACCGCCACUGGCGCCAUCGCCACCGCCACUGCCGCCGUACAGGAUUGACGACGGAAGCGACAAGCUACGGCGUCGCCGUACACUAGCGGCAGGGGUAACAUGCAGCGUGGCGGUGUUGGUGGCAGCAGCGGCAGCGGCGGCGGUGGCUGUACGGCGCCAGCGGCGGCGAAGGCGUCGGGAGAGGGAAGAGGCGCCGUCCGCGCCCCAGGCUGGUCCAGAGACUACGCUGCUUGUGACAGACAUCCAGAGCAGCACCAGCCUGUGGGAGCAGCUGGACCCGGAGGUGAUGAACCGCGCGCUGUCCAUACACCACACCAUCAUGCGCAAGUGCAUCGCGGAGUGGCGGGGCUACGAGAGCGCCACAGAGGGCGACUCGUUUAUCGUGGCCUUCCACAACCCCACGGAUGCGCUCAUGUGCGCCUUGGAGGCACAACAGGCCCUCCUUUCGGCCCCCUGGCCUCCGGAGUUGCUACAGCCGCCGUCCUUAGUGCUUGCCGAGGGCGAGGAGAACCCCCUGGGUGUUGUCACGGUAGUGCCCACUGCCCCAGCCGCAGCACCACAGACACGGCCCACGCCACGUAUCUUGCAGCGGUCCUGCACUUCCCAGGGUGGGACCCUUGGCAGCGGCACCAAGCAAGCCAGCCGGAUCUCCUUGACGCCGCCCUAUCGGAUGCUUGCGUCACCCGCGGCGGGCGCUUCUGGAGCAGCUGCUCCGGCUAGUGGGAGUGCGAGCGGCACCUCAGCGACUCUAGCUAUUGCUGGCGACGUCUGCGGUGUAGUCCAAGAGGCCGCCGCCAGCAACGCAGCCGUGAUGGCGCCAGCGGUGUCGUUGACGUCGCCGGCAGAGAGGGGUUUUGCUAGCGGGCCCCUCUGGCGGAUCCCGGACACCCUUGCCACAGCCAAGAAGGACGCUGAAAGCCCCGCGCUCGUAACUGAAGAAGUUGGGACCGCUUUGGGCGAAGGCGAGGACGACUGCGGUCAGGACACCCUUGUUGACGAGGUGCCGGCCGCGUCGCCGCCGCCAACGCUCAUUAGCCCCUCACCUUCCUGCCAAACCCCCGCAACAUUGACAGCGCCAAAGCUAAAUCUUAUGCAGCGUAAACGUAAGGAACCUGGCUCGCGAACGCACUCUUUUACCCAGGGUCCCCGCUCAUCCUCAUCCUUUAGCUCCGCCGUAUCAGCAGUGCUAGGGCUCGUGGGGACGGCCAUUGCUGGCAGGGCAGCGGCCGCCGCCACGGCCGAGGGGCUGAGCGGUGGAGGCGACAGCAUGUCGUACAGCAAUGCCGAGGGGGAGAACGAAGCUCGAGAACCGCUUCCUGGCACCGUUGCCAGCGAUGGAAAUAAUAAAAGCCGGGACGGGCACCUCUAUACAGGGUGGGAUCAAACGAGCGGCGAAUCAUGGCGGAGCCGCAUGAGUACCAAGACGUUAGCGGCCAGCAUCCUAGCUACCAUCCGCAUCAUCCGCGGAGGAAGCGGAGCCAACAACGCAAGCGGCGCGGAAGAGGAGCAGUCGCCUAAUGACACCUUUCAAUUCGGCAACGUUACCAGGGCAAAUUCCAAUGUGACCUCCUUGGACGGUCACUUCGCCACUCUGCAAUCCAACCAAUCGGGAUUUCCUUCUUCUCCAAGAACAAAACCACCUUCCUUGGCGUCGACCCCGAUCUUCCAAGGCCUUCGUGUGCGCAUGGGCAUGUGGACCGGUGUCCCCUCCGCUGCUGAUGUCACCACCAACGCUGCCAGCGGCCGAACCCAG